UGAUUAAGAAAGAGAUUUGUCUGUUGCCUGAUUUGUGCUUCCCCCUAAUAAACAGCAAAACCCCGUUUCAAGUUGAAGAAGCCAACUUCUGAAACAAUGCAAAUGGGAGAUGAUAAUCCCAGGAUCAUGUUCGGUGUGAUCAUCACCGUUUAUGUUGAUCGUCAAACGACGACCGUCCGAUCGUUUCGAGCGAGACCGAGAAAUGAUGGGAUGUGGAAGCGUGGGAUCGGAAGGACGAAGGGAUAUGAUCGGAGAGCGAAUCUUUUAGCUUAUAUUCGUCAGCUGAGGUCUGAAAGUCAAGCCGGAGAUUCGAAACACGACGGCGUAGAGUGCGAAAACGUACCCGACCGGCCGAACGCGAAGAAGAAGAAACAAAGGUGGAUAAGAAAAAUGAUGAGUAAGUUCCGGUUACCGUUUCUCCGGCCAUUUAGACGGAAAAACAGGACGUGGAGAUACCGCCAGUUUGUUCCAGAUGAAGAAGAGGGAGAAGCAAAGAGCAGAGCUUACAGUUCAGAUCUUUGGAAAAAGCUUAAACAUGUGGUCGGAGGGUUAUCACGCGGCUGCAUACGAAGUAGAAGAGACUCAUGAAGACAAUUUCAAGAAACAGACUGUUGUCCGAAGUUAGCAGUGGGGAAUGAUUACAUUUCAUCUAUUUUUCUUUCCACAUAGCCUUUUUAUUGUUCUUCCAGAACUUGAGGAAGAUGAAAAUCAAGUCAAUACAUAAAAACAUGAAAUCAAAAGAAACUGGAAAAAGGCAUAAGAGCCUUGUUAAGAGUACAACAAUGCAGAAACAAGAAUACAAUUACAGAAAAUACAUAUUUACUUCAAACUAAAUUUUAAAAAGAGACGACUGCAAGUUUAUUCAAUUCCCUGUGUGGCUAAUCAUGUUAGCCUUUUUAUACUGCUCCUGCAAUUUUGAAGUCAUGCUAGAGAGAAUUUGGUUUGGUUAAGUUAAAAGUUACCGACCUCUAUUGCCACCUCUCUGGUUCCUAUGGACGAGAAAACCUGAACGGCUUGGAGGAGCAGGGGACCGUGAAGAUGAUGCAAAGUCGCUCGACUCCAUAUCAA